GUUUACUUAUUAGUUUCGCUAGAGAAUAUUAUGAUAUAGCAUCCAUAUCUUUUGUUUAAAGUUCAAAAAUGCUUAUAGUAUAAAGAUUACUCAGUCUGCACAACACAUAUAUGUAUAGCUUUUGAGCGCCAGCGAAGGAGAAAAAGACAAAAUUAACUUGUUCAUUUAUCAUAGUCUAAAUUCUAAAGAUUGAUUAUAUUUGCCUAUAAGUAAGUUUUUGGUUAAUCAAUAUAUAUACACACAGUCUUAUUUCUAUAUAUACAUGUAUAUAUACAGCCCAUCUAUAUAUAUGUAGACACGUAUGUGUAUAAAUAUUAGAGCAGUGACGAACACAUUAUAUCAGGUCCGCCACGAAAAUAGCACACAUAUCAAUCUUGGAAACAUGAGAGAGGAUAAUAGCGGUUUGAAAACGCGCGUUCUGGUGGUUGGCGGGACGGGGUCGUUAGGGAGGAGGAUCGUAACGGCGUGUUUGGCUGAGGGACACGAGACCUACGUUCUGCAGCGGCCAGAGAUCGGAGUGGACCUCGAGAAGGUGCAGCUCCUUCACUCUUUCAAAAGACUCGGCGCACGUCUAGUCGAAGCAUCGUUCACUGACCACCAGAGCCUUGUCUCCUCCGUGAAACAAGUCGACGUUGUUGUCUCCGCCAUGUCCGGUGUUCAUUUUCGUAGCCACAAUAUCCUCGUUCAGCUCAAGCUCGUCGAAGCCAUCAAAGAGGCCGGUAACAUCAAGCGCUUUUUACCAUCAGAAUUUGGAAUGGAUCCGCCACGUAUGGGACAUGCGAUUCCACCAGGAAGAGAAACGUUCGAUCAAAAAAUGGAAGUACGAAAUGCAAUUGAGAUGGCCGGAAUCCCCCAUACAUAUAUCGUUGGCGCUUGUUUUGCCGCAUACUUUGUCGGAAAUUUAUCUCAAAUGGGAACUUUGAUCCCUCCAAAGAAAAAGGUCAAUAUUUAUGGAGACGGAAAUGUAAAAGUGGUGUUCGCAGAUGAAAAUGACAUUGCAAAAUAUACUGCAAAGACGCUUAACGAUCCUCGGACGAUAAAUAAAACUGUGUAUCUUAGACCAGCCGAUAACAUUCUCACACAAAUGGAGUUGGUUAAGAUAUGGGAAAAGUUAACCGGAAAAGAAUUGGAGAAAACCAAUAUUUUUGCAAAUGACUUUCUUGCCGACAUUGAAGAUGAAAAUAAAGGCAUACCACACAAAGCAGGAUUAGGACACUUCUAUCACAUAUUCUAUGAAGGUUGUCUCACAGAUCAUGAAGUUGGAGACGAUGAAGAAGCUUCAAGACUUUACCCGGAUGUGAAGUACACUCGUAUGGAUGAAUAUUUGAAAAUAUUCGUCUAGUUUGGUCGACUCAAAAGACAUACAAAUCAAACACAUCACCAUUAUUAAGUUUUCUUUCUUAUUUCUCAUGCUUUUUGUUUACUGUGUUAAUUUAAAAUUGUAAGAUGUAAUAAUGUUUUUGCAAAUGACUAUCUUGCCGAUAUUGAAGGUAUUUGUUUAACUUGAAGAUUUUCCCUGAUAAUUUCACAAAUUGAAGAAAUUUUGAGAUAAAAACGAUUUUACCACUAAGUA